UCAAGCGAGCGAGAAGUGAGGGAGUUUGGCGCCCGAAGGCGGGCUUGCGGGCGGCGGUACGCGUAAGCAUCAUAUGAUCGCCGUUCGCAGUCCUUGACCCGUCUAAUCACCGACGCGCAGCGUUCAGACAAAAGGACUUUCUACCGUAUAGUGUCGCACGUACGAGAAAACAGCGUUCUUCUAGUCGCAUCUGACUCGCACGCGAUCAUGGCCGAUUCUAAAGGCAGCAAAAACAGAACCAUGGCGGCCCAGCUAGUAUCGGCAGAAACAGUGGAAGGAGUGUUCAACAUGAUUUCCGUGUACCUGAAUGAAGACUUGGUCAACCAGAUUGGUGGAGUCUUCGUUUUCGACGUCAAAGGUGAGCCUACCAAGUGGUAUGUCGACCUCAAGAAUGGCAAGGGCUCCGCAGGCAAGGGAGACCCGCCUCAGGGCAAGGCUGACGUGACCUUCGUCAUGGAGCGCGACACCUUCAUCAAGAUGUUCACGGGAAAGCUGAAUCCGACCAGCGCCUUCAUGGGCGGCAAGCUGUCACUCAAGGGUGACCUGCCCAUGGCUAUGAGGCUCGACAAGCUCAUGGGAGAGAUGCGUUCCAAACUCUGAUUCCGGCCAGCGCAGAAACGCAGCAAUCCGGACACUCUU